CGUCGCGAUCCAUGUCGCAGCUCCAGCCCAACGCCUCCAUCCCACUUCCAAAUCCCAGGAUGUCCUGCAUACCCUGCUAACACGAACCGCAAAAAGAUGCCCCGAAACCUCCCCUGGCUCCUCGACACCACCACCACCACCACCUCCUCAUCCCGAUCGCGAUCCCGAACCUCCACCCCACAACCCCGUCGCGCGGGCGCGACAUCAUCAUCAGCAGCAGCAGCGCGAACCAAUGCAUUCAAGCAAACCAGCAGCCCCCCAGAUCCAGGCUCCGGGGGCUCUCGCACCCGCCGACGGGACUUUCUUCGAUCCUCCCCAACACCCCCCUCCUCCCCCAUCCACCGCUGUCCAUCGGAAGAAUAUCUCAUCCCCGGCCUCCAAAACGAUGACAUCUACAUGAUGGUCGAAGACGAAUUCUACAGCGUCGCGCAGUCCUUCACCCAGCACCUGCAUUACGCCGAGUAUGUGCGCCGGAAGAAGGAGGUGAAGGCGCAGCGGCAGCAACAACAACAGAAUGCCACCUUUCAGGAGUUGAUUCGUCGACCCACCGACGGGGUCACCCCGCUCAGCGAGGAGAGUAAGAAGCGACACGCCCAGGAGGAGUUGGCGGCGAGGCAGCGGGUGGGGUUGCAGACGAUGAAUAUCCGGAAAAGACCGGUUGUGAGUGAUGAUGAGGAGGGCUCAGCGCAAGAGGAGGAUGAGGAUGGGGCCUGGGCGGGGACGUCGUUGCAUGAGUUGAUGGUUAGUCCCAGGAAGAAUCGGUCGUUGGUGGGGGUGCAGGGGAUCCGGUCGGCGACGAGAGCGGCGGCGGGGUUUGCG